CAUGGCAACGGUGUACCAGUGGGAUAUGCUCCGCUGUUUUUUCUGACGUUAUCCUGGGGCUAAAAUGUCAUAGUCUUAGUAGCGUUAGGUGGUGUGUUGUCUGAGUAUAAAUGUAAGAGCUGAAAAAGUACGAUGUCGGAUAUAUUGUGCCGGUGGCUGAACCAGGAGCUCCAGCUGUCAAAGGCUGUAGAGCCAAAGACCAUUGCCAAAGAUUUCGCCAGUGGUUACCUAAUGGGGGAAGUUUUGCAUAAAUAUCAGCUGCAAAACGAUUUCAAUAUGUUUAUGAAGAAAGACACCUCUGUCUCCAAACUGAAUAAUUUUACCCGCCUUGAGCCUACUCUCCAAUUACUUGGGAUCUCCUUCGACAUAAACACAGCCCAAGACCUAAUUCAGGAGAAGCAGGGGGCUGCCACACGCCUCCUAUACCAACUCUAUGUCUCACUUGAGAAGAACAGGAAAGCAGAAAUUAGUGGGACAAUGAUGGAAAUUAUGCAGCCAGCAGGAUGUGCAAGCCUGCACAAAAAGGAGCAUCAGAUCUAUUCUGACCGACUGCGUCAGGUGGUGAAACGUGAUACAGAAUUGAAACUUCAGAAAAUUUCCCAGCACUAUGAGGAGAAAUUCCAGCAGUUUGUGGUGACCCCUCCGAUCGAGCAGAAGAGACAAGUCAAAGUCCAGGAUGAGAAAAGACUGAAGAAUAUUGACAAGUUGCAGGCAUUUCAUCAGAAGCACAAAGGCAUGACUUUUAACCAGACCACUUAUAUGCAGGUGCCUAAGCCACCUCCAUACAUUUCACAGCUCAGCCUAAAGAAGAGACAGCAGCAGCAGAAGCGCAAAGAACGACAAGCACAGAUAGUCCAGACUGAAAUAGCCCAGUUUGAGACAAACAGGAAGAUGGUAAUUACUGCUGGGUUAUCAUCAAGUGGUCAGUCCCCCAUAGAUUUUUCCCUUGGUAGCAGCAGUCAGGGCCGUGAUUUGCUUGGACGUGGAAAUAAGGUGAUGUUACAGUCCAGCAACAGAUACAUACAAGAAAUCCGAAAGAGGCUGGAGGAAAAUGCUGUAGCUUGCAAGGAGAGAGAGAAAAGACAAGACAGAUUCCUGGUGGAGCAGCUCAAGGUCCAUGAAGCUCAGGAGGAGGCACGACGAGAGGAGCAACUGGUGAAGCGACUGACACGUCAGACUCAGCAGGAGCAGCGUUUGGCAACCCAGCUACUUCAGAUACGUAUGCAGAAGGAGGUCAUCCGAGAGAACCGCCUGUUCAGAGAACAGCAGUACCAGCAGCGGAGAGAGAGAGACUUCCAGGAAGCUCUGGACAGGGAGGCGGCUCUGGCUCAGCAGGCUAAGUUGGAUCGUGCAGAAGAGAUCAAAAAGGAGCUUGAAUUCUGUAACAGGAUUGCUGUUGAGAGAACUCAAAGGAAAUAUAAGAAGCAUUUUGAGAACUGCAGGGGCAUUUUGGAGCAGAUAAUGGACUUGGCCACAAAGGUUGGAGAAUAUCGACUGCUCAAUGGAAAUCGGAUUCCAGAGAAGCUGAUGAGAGAGUGGAAGGAAUUGCUGUUCAGUGGUCUUCCACUUUACGAGCCAGUAAAGGACCGCCAGCCAGGGUUUGGGUUCCGUGAACCACUAGACACUAUAGAGCUUCAGAAGCAGGAGAUACUCAACAACCAGGACUAUGAUGAAUACACUAAUAUGAUGGGUGAGUGGGGAUGGCCAGAGGAAGCUGUGGAAGUGAAAUUACCCGUGACCAACAAUGAUAUUCUUGGGUACAUUGUCCAACGACUGAGGAACGUUGUUGAUCCACCCAUCACUGAACCAUCAUCAUCCCUAUUUCCACACUUUAUCCUUAAGGCCUGUGUCCUUGGAAAGUUUUGCUCUGGCAAGACCACCUGCCUGUCCAAGAUUGCUGAAGCACAUGGCAUCUACGUCUUAUCGACUGAUACUUUGAUUGAAGAGGCACUGAAUGCUCACAAGAACGGAGAGAAGGGCACAGCGCAGCAGCGUGAGGAAGACAAUGAGCAACCUCUCGCAAACACAUCAGUGAAAUCUGAUCUUGAAAACCAAGAAGAAAAUAGAGCUGGUAAUGCAACACUUUCGAAGCGAGCCAUACAAGGAGCUGCUGUGGAAAAAGAGCUGAGGAAAGGGAACACUAUCCCUAAUGAGCUGUUAGUGGACAUUAUAGUAGAGGCGAUCAGUCAGCUUCCAUCUCAGUCAGGUUGGAUUCUGGAUGGAUUCCCAUUUGACAUCGCUCAGGCACAUCUUCUAGAGAAAGCCCUUGGUGGAGAUGUAUCCUUAGAAAAGGAAGUUGUAAAUAGCAGCAAGAACCUUGCUAAAGAUCCCAAUCCACCAAAACCUCCACCACCCCCUGCACCUGUGCUGGACCUGGUUUUGCUCCUGGAUAUCCCUGAUGAGCAUGCAAUCAGUCGUGGAUACACUAAAAUGGAUCUGGACGAUGCUCCUAGAACCUCCCAGCAUGCAGACAAGAAUGUGUAUCUGGCACAGAUUGGACACAGGAUAACAGCUUUUCAGGAUACCUGGCCAAAACUGGAGAAAUGGUUUGGCGAAAAGCAAAACAUUUUGGUCCGUGUUGAUGCAGAUGUAGACGUUCAGGAGCUUUACAGUAGGGUGGAGUCUAUCCUGCAUCAAGCUAUGUUGAAAACACAGGGAGCUUUUUCCAGUCCUCCUGUUGAAGAUGCCGUACUAGACAGUGCAAAAGCUCCCAAGUUGUCCUCUUCAAGUGUACCUUCAGGUGUAGACCAGCCUACAGCUCUCACUGAAGAAACUAUUGAGCCCACAGAGUCCUGCUCCAGCCUUAAAGAGGAAGAGGUCCAAAGUCUCAGAGGGCCCAGUAGGAGUGCAUCAGUAUCCUCAGUGUGCAGUGUUAGCUGUCAAGGAGCCCCCAAAAACUCACCUAAGUCUAAGUCUUUCUGCCCCCGAUCAUCUGUCCAGCUCUAUGUGAAUGAGCCACUUCCUCCAGAGAUCCCAGAGUACCUGUGCUCAUACUGGGACACAUUGUGCGAUUCUUAUGUAGACGAUGUAAAGACGGUGAUGCAAGAGCUGCGCUUGCAACGCUCUGUUAUCAACCAUCACCUGUUUAAUAUCAGAGAGCAUUACAAACAUUAUUUGGGGCGCCCAGACUUAAAGCAGGAGUUAGUGUCUCAAUGGCAGAAGAACUUCAACAGCAUACCCGAUGAUAUGAAAGAAGAUGAGGAUACCAAAGAAGAGCUACAUCUGAGAUUGGAUGAGCUACGUGAACGUUUGUGGGACAUUACUGACAAGCGUAAGGAGCAGGAUGAGCAAGAGAGGGCUUCUCUCAUGAGUGAUGGUUGGUUGGAGGAGCACAUUGUUGUUCUCGUCAACCACCACUCUAUACUUACGCAGGUGGAGUUGAACCGCUUCCAGGAGACGCUCUGUAUUCUCAGGGUCUACUAUUUAAGCAUGUGUGGACAGAUGCUUCCCAAACCACUCUCAACUUUUUUUUAUGUUCCUUUAAUGGAAAACACAGAAAAUAAGGAUCAGGAUGAGAGUAGUGAACCACCAGGAUCAAGUUUGUGCAAUCUGGAUGAAGGAGAGGACAAGAAGAAGUUACAUUUUACUCCACUCACCAGACAUCCUGGAGCCUCUGGAAGGGUCUCCAAGACAAAAGGCCAAGAUCAGCCAGAACCUGUUCAACCACCACACGAAAAACUGAUAUCUGGCUAUGAGGAAGCACUCACAGCUAUCAGCAAUCUGGUGUCAGGAGAAACAGACCGGUCGGAGAUAAAAGAGCAGGACGAGAAACUACCAGAGAAAGAAAAGGAGAAAGCCUCCACAAGUGAAAAUAAAACCAACAAACAAAAGGAGUCAUCCAAAAAAGAUCAGUCAUCCCUACCACAGACACCCAGCCAGGCAACAGCCGAGGAGAGAAACUCAGAGAAGCCUUAUAAUCCUAAAGUUAGAGAAAAAUUGCACGGAGAAUAUUCAGCUGCAGUAACUCAUGAGGAGGAUGCGGUAAAGGCCCGCAUUGCACUGGUGAAAGCUCAUGGUCUGGUGAUGGUACAGUCUCUGCAAAGCACAGUAGAAGAGAUUUUUGGCAACAUGGAGAAGUGGCUACACGAACGCUAUCUUGCAGAAAUGAAGAGCAUUGACCAAUUAACAGAAGUGGUUCACCACCAUAUAGAGACUGGUGCUAAGUUGAAGAAUGAGCUGGUGUUGGAGUGUUCUGACUUCUAUCUGAAUGGAGACUGCCGUGUGGUUGCUAGCCCACUUCCCCCUCCCCGUCCACCUCCUUUGGAGAAACCCAUGAGGUCCACCCCAACCAUAGCUCAGCUAGAGUUACUGUACCAGCAGCUAUACAGCAUUUCUCCAUCAGGCUUCAUGUCUACGUCUGGGUUCUUCAGUUUGCUCAAAGAUAUCAUAACUACUAACAUGGGCAAAGACACCUUGCCUGAGCCCUGGAUGGACAAAAGUGAAUCGCAGUUGAUGGAGAUUGUGUCUUCAUUGACGGACAGCUAUGAGCUGGUAGACUGGCGUCGGUUUCUGCUCAGUGCUGCUCUUCCUUGGCCAUUUCCUUUGUUAAGUCAGCUGCUGGAUGUGCUACAACAGUUCAAGGCAGCAGAUACUGGUGACACAGGCUAUAUAAAUGAGGAGAACUACUUGAGAACAGAGUUGUGGUUCUCCACUGAAAGUGUCCAGACUGUUCCCGAGGACCCCUCUGAGCCUGUACCUUAUGUGCGUCUGGCCAACCUUCGCAAGUUCUUUUUCCACAUGUUUGCAGACCACUCCUUCUCUCCCUCUCAAUUGGAUUAUGUGUCCAUGCUGAAGUACUUUGCUGCAGACCCCAACCCCACACAGGGCUUCAUCCGAGCACUUAGCGUGGUCCUUGGUCAAAAACUCACGCAUUUCUCACUGAGCCAUCUUGUCAAAUCUAUGCCCAUCAUAGAAGAGAAUGCAGACCUCUCCUCCUCUGAACUUGACUACAAGGAAGAAGGGGCUCUCAGUGCAUCAAGCAUUUUGGGGGAUGAGCAGGAAGUGUCGAUCCCUGCUCUCCUUUCUGUCAUCUGCCACAAAAUCACUAAGAUGGAAGACAAAAGCCACGUUCCCUCCGGCAGCCCGAAUCAGAAGGAGCACACUGCGAACCUGGUGGAAGUAUUCAGAGAGCUGGGAUAUGAUCCUGAGGACCAUGUCCCUUUUUCCAUUCUCUCUCAGCAUCCUUCUGUUCUGUCGCUGAUGGAGAGUUGUACACACCACCAGCUUGUGAACAUUCAUGGAGUGUUACUGGACAGUCAGCAUGGAGGAGAGACUAACAGCUCAACACUUUCAUAAAGGAUAAGAUAAAGACAUAAUUCUGGCCGCACUGUGAAGAACUCUAACUUGGGAAAUGCACAUGUGGAUGCUUUUGAAGUGUUCUAAUUACUUUAAUGUUUAAAAUGCUAUGUUAAUAGGUGUGCAUCCAUACACUGGUGUUGUACUACAUAUUUGGGAUGGGAACAAUAACAUCUGGUGGUGGAUUGAACUUUCAUGACUGAGGUGCUUCUUUUUUAAUGAACUCUGUGCAUUGUCCAGGAUAAUUCAGAUGUCAAGCCUGACUUGUCCGUCACUUCCUACUGUGGCACCAACAACCCUAUCAUAGUUCAUUCAGGAUGUAUGUGUUAUGGUAGCAGCUUUUCACUUUUUUCAUAAACGGAGAAGUAUGAAUAAAUGAUAUUUCAACAAA